UUCAUGCACCCCAGUUUCUCCCUCUAACAGCACAGCCGUGAAGUAUUUUCCUUUUUCAAAUGAACUUGUUGGCCGCUCCUGCAGACAGACAUAAGGGAUGGUACCUCUCUCUGAUGGCAGCCAACACAAAAGGAUCACAUUUUGCCUGGCUGGACCCCUCCAGACUCUACUGCAACUCCCAGACUCUUGCAGACUGUGUCAAAGACCUUCUCAGUCCAUUCCACAGCGACACCAUUGACCUGGUUGUCGGGAUAGAUACAAUGGGAUUCAUUUUUUUCAGGUCUGUUGCCAUCAGCCUAAGAAAAGGUUUUCUGGCUGUUCGCAAAGCUCAACACCAAAACUACACCGACUACACAGGCAGAGAAAAGACUAUGGAAGUAAGACUGGAUGUGCUAAAACCAGGUAUGAGGGUGCUGUUAGUGGACCAAUGGAUAGAGACUGGAGGCACUAUGAAAGCUGCCAUCCAUCUGGUGGAGCGGCUGGGAGCUACUGUUGCAGGUGUGGCCGCUGUAGCCACCGAGAACACUGAAGGAGGAUUGUGGAUUAAAGAAAAUGACAAGUUCUCUCACUGCAUCCCAGAAGAGCUCCAGAGCCAAAUUGACCAGAAGCAUCUUGAUUCCUUCAAAACCUUCAACUGAACAGGAAAGCAUGAUUUCUUACAAUUUCAGUAAAGA